AGCACACCUACCGGUGACUCCAUGGCAACCGCUUGAGUUGACAUAGAUAAUGGCAGAGAUCAUCUAUACUAAGAAAUCAUUUUUGCAGAAAAUGUGUGAAGAGUUUGAGGCCGAACAGCGCAGCGGCCCCAGCCCUGCGUGGACAGAGGCCAGCUCUGUGAGCACCCAGCUCUCCCGGUACAGCGUACUUGUGGAUGAUGAUCCUCUCAGAGACUUUGAGCCCGAUGUUUGCUGUGCUCUCCCUGGGUACUCUGCAUUAGAAGGACCUCAUCCGUCACAGCAGAAUCGCCCCCCAACCGCUGAAACUACACUUUUUCCCCAAGUCCCUGAAAAUCCUGUCACGCGUUUCUUGGAGAAGAAAGUGUUUCCAGUGUUGGUGCCUGGACUGGAGGCUUUGCUAAGAGAAGCCCAGAAAAAUGGCUGCUUUAAGAGGAAAAUAACAGCGUUUAACCCAUGUGACUUUCUGACUGAGUGGCUCUACAACCAUAACCCUCACAGGAGUGGACAGGAACCAGUGAACUUUCAUGACAUCCCCUUUGUCAAGGACUGGCUUGGGAAGCAUCCCAGGCCUCCCACCCCUCUGUUUCUACGGCUUACUGAGUGCGAGGCUGCUCUGCUCAUCCAGGCUUUUUGGAGGGGAUACAAGAUCAGGGCACAGCCAGAUGUUCAGGAGAUGCGCCAGUGGCAGAAAAAACUGAGAGAGACCCGUGACAUUGCCAAAACUGUCAAGCAGUUCUGGGCGAAACAAGAGAGACGAGUGGGUUCGGCUAUGACAGAUCUUCCAGAAAGCCCCCAGCCUGGAAACAAUGUGUCCAUCCAGGUGGUUUCCCCCACUCCCCAGAGCACCGCGGUCCAAACACCCACCACCCGUAUGAGCCCACAGCCUGGGUCUCCAUCGCUACUAGGAACACACAACCUGAGCUACCCUGGUGGGACUUGGUAACUGGAAACAUUAGCUUUGUAUAAAAGCUUUUUUUCUGCUGUUUAAAGACUAUUAAACUCUGUUAGGCUGAUGUCAAAUUGACCUAAAGUGAUCAGUCAAACAAGCCCUGUUUAAAAAAGAAAAGAAUAAAAAAGAUGCCUAUAACCAAUUUGAUAUGGCCAGGCCAGGAUUUAUGGUCUGAGAUCCAUGUCUAAUUAGUUUAUUGCUUUCAUUGCCUUUUUGAUGGAUCACUUCCCUUCACGAGUCUCACCCAGCCAAUGAACACCAUAUAGCACAGUUCACAUAUUAUACUGUCAGGAGUGAAACCUCUUGUAACGGGCGUCAUAAUUUCUCUCUCCGCACCUCUGGAUGACAGCUCAGUGGAAGAUAACCACAUUUCCUUGAUCUGUCUUUUCCUCUUUCCUUAGCAAUAGACAUCACUCCACAAAAGAGGUCAUAGCAUUUCCAUUCAAGCCAGAAAUUGAGGCCAGAGUCAAAGGUGGCUGGGCACACGGUGCACCGCUUUAUAUCCUGUUUAUCAGGAAAGGAAAUGACACUGUUAGAGAAACUGAGAAUAAAAGAGAAUUGGAAAAACAUCACUUAGAUCACUGGUUUGUAUUUGGCAACUAUC